AGACUCCGCUGCCGCCCAGAGCUGCUCUGCCUGCCUGGCCGCUUGCUGCAAUGAAUUCCGUUCUGAUCAAUAGUGCUCUGAAUCGGUGAUUGGGAUUUGUCACACACACUGGUAACAGCGAGGUGCCGUGACUCGCACACAGGCAAAGGAAUCCCGCGGUACCCCGCCAUUCUUGUGCGCGAAGAUCCGAAUGAAGACUCAGGACUGAGUAAGUAUUGACACUGCGGUUCAAACAGCAGAACGAGGUUGGACUCGUGCUAGCAGGAUAAAAGCACCUGUUCGAGAUCCUCACCAGGAGGCAACUGGGAGCCCUGACAACCUGAAGGUCACCUUCUGGAGGAAGACUGUUGAGUAAAGCCACCACAUAUAACCCUUUUUGUUCUGUAAGAGAGGUCAGAGGGUUCAUUGCUCCUACGGGUAUCCCAUCUCAGGGGUAAGUGUAAAAAGAGGGGGGGGGUCACUGGGAAAGCCGUGAAGCAGGCCCUGCCCAACGAAGGGUGAGAUCCUCCGAACAGGCUGCAGAUAACAGCGGUCGAGAUAAGGUGUGGAGCUGGGGGGGAAAAGCAUACAAAUCAAGUGGGCUAAAAGAGGAAGGAGGUUCCCCUGAAGAAUACGGCUGCUGCCGAGAUGACACACUCCGUUGCUCCAAGCAAAAGAGUAGACGGAGGAGGCAGAGGCGUAAUGCUGUGGGGAUCAAGGUUGGUGAGCCACCUCUGGAAACAGCCCAUGAGGCCCUGUGAAACACCAGCUCCCCAAUGCCUCCCACCUGCAGCAGGAAGCAACCAGGGUAAGAGACACAGUGCCCACCAAAACCCCCGGGAUACCCGUAGUAAAAGCAGGGCCCCUCCGUUUCUCUCAAGUUUAACUUUGUUUGUAUGGGUAAUGGUACUCCUGAUAAUCCGGUUAGAUGUAACAAAGGGAGAAGAGAGCCCUCACCGGCCUUACAAGUGGACCCUGGGUAGUUGGGAUGACUCAAAGAUCCUCAGAACUAGUAUUACAGCAGGCUCACCUUCUUUCAAUAUAACCAAUUGUGAAUUACUCGGGACAAUACUAGGAUAUGGAGGAAAUACAGAACACCACCUGUGUAGUCCCCAGAGACAAUACUCCUGGGGGGCUUCAAAUGCGAAGGCUACCUAUUGGUGUCCUAGCUCAAACCCGGGAAAAAGUUACUGUAACCAUUCAGAGUAUUAUUUUUGCCCAUACUGGGGCUGUGAAACCAUAGCUACUCCGGGAUGGUGGAGUCACCCUCCCGAUAGGUACCUCAAUGUUACUUGGAUACCGGACGGUUGCCGUGAGCCCACUUACAGUUAUGACGGUAGCGUAAAUAAUGCUGGAACUUGUAAAUCUCUGAGGGUUACAGUAUUACAACCUCAGGAUUUAGGAUGGUUGGUAGGGAGGACCUGGGGUGUAAGGUUCUGGGAACCUGGAGCCGAUAGAGGAGGGCUAAUUUUUAUAAAAAAGGAGAGGGUAGAGAGCCCUCCUCAAGGGGUCGGUCCUAACAGGGUCAUUAACGGGCCAAAGAUAAAGGCACUACCCCCUUUGGGCCCAACAAACACACCAAGCCGGGCUGAAAAUAACAUAUAAAUAGUGCCAUAACCCCACCUACAGGUAUGGUUGAGGAGAACCCUCUUUGGAAAGUAAUGCAAGCUACUUAUGAUACCAAAUGAAAGGAGUCAACAGCAGUCAACACCUAGAGGAUGACAAAGUUAUUAAUAGAGAAGCUCCCAUCCUCUCCCUAGCCCGGGAAACCAUUGUCUGAUUCGAUGAACAAAACUGUAAAAACAAAAAGAGGGGAUUGUAAUAAAGGCUGUAUACAGAAUUUGUCUAUCAGACUGGUGGGGUAACCGGAUAAGCUGUUUUAACCUCUGUUACCUUGGAUAACUGGCAUAUCUGCAACAUCCUGCCGAGCAAACAAUUGUGGUGACUUCCUGCUGCAAGCUAACAACUGCAGUGACUGGAAUGCCCAAAGGAAAGGAUGACCCUUGGCACAUCCUGUGCGUGCGCCAACCAGCAGGCCCUCAACCUACAAUGCAGAGGAAGACUACGACCUUCAUCCCCGCAACCACCAGAGCCCAUGACAAUCCCCCUAACAACUGGAUGCACAACCGCAGAGAGAACCAGGAUGUGCUACGCCAACCCGGAACCACCGGCAAGAAAAGGGGGCUCUGGUGGGGGUGAGCGCGUGCUGUUGGUGGAGCAGAGACUCCCCAGCCGCCCAGCGCUGUUUUGCCUGCUUGAUCGGUUGCUCAAAUAAAUUCUGUUCUGAUAAAUAA